GUAGAAGUAAGUCUUGGGUAGUUUGGGCGAGAUUAGGAGCACUGAACUUUGUGUCCCACUACAACAUACGGGCAUAUACUGAAUGUUGUUGAGUGUGUAUGUUUCGGCUAGAAUUUUCAACUGAUGUUCCUUCGCUCAAAGUGUUUCAAGUGAAUAGACAAAAGCUAAAAUCCAAUAACAAAUACUGAUUGUGCCAAAGGAAUUAGAAAAAUGGAGGUGAUCAACACAAAUGAAGCAAAGUAUGACAGAAUGGCUGAACUACAAGCCUUUGAUGAGACAAAAGCCGGUGUUAAGGGACUAGUCGAUGAAGGUAUCACCAAAGUGCCAAGAAUUUUUGUUCAACCAUCAGAGAGUGAAGAAGCCGCAAUGAGCAGCAACAAGAAAUUCAAGUUUCCGGUAAUUGAUCUUGAUGGCAUCAAGGAAGAUCCGAUCAAACGAAAGAAGAUAGUCCAGGAAGUUGGACAUGCAUCCGAGACUUGGGGUUUCUUUCAAGUGAUCAAUCAUGGGAUUCCUAGUCAUGAUCUGGAGGAAAUGAAAGACGGGAUUAUCAGGUUUUUUGAGCAAGAUGCUGAGGUGAAGAAACAGUGGUAUUCGCGAGACUUCACAAAGGAGUUUAUACUUAACAGCAAUUUUGAUUUGUUUAAAGCACCAGUGACCAACUGGAGGGACACUUUUAGAGUCACCACAGCUCCUAUACCUCCAAAUCCUGAAGAAUUACCUUCUAUCUGCAGGGAUAUUCUCCUCGAGUACACAAACCAAGUGAUGAAAUUAGGUGACAUUCUAUUCAAACUACUGUCCGAGGCUAUCGGCCUCGAGUCAAACCACCUAAAGGAUAUGGGAUGUACCGAGGGGCUUAUGGCGUUAGGCCAUUAUUAUCCAGCAUGCCCGCAACCUGAAAUUACUCCAGGAACCAGUAAACAUGCUGACAAUGACUUCCUCACCGUGCUUCUCCAAGACAAUAUAGGCGGCCUCCAAGUCCUACAUCAGAACCAGUGGGUAGAUGUUCCCCCUACUCCCGGAGCUCUCGUGGUCAAUAUAGGAGAUCAUCUACAGCUAAUAACGAAUGACAAGUAUAAAAGUGUUGAACAUAGAGUACUGGCAAAUAAGGUCGGUCCAAGGGUAUCAAUGGCAUGCUUCUUCACGACAAGUUUUCUGCCAACAGAAAGGCUGUUUGGACCUAUCAAGGAGUUGACAUCGGAACAAAAUCCUCCAAAGUACAGGGAAACGACAGUUAAGGAGUACUCGACUUAUUUCAAUAGCAAAGGGCUGGAUGGCACUUCUGCUCUGUUGCAUUUUAGGAUUUAGACUAAAUUGUUGAGUAGUUCUGGAGAUGAUAGAUAUAUUGUAUCAAAAAAGGUUUGUGCGACUAUAUAUGUGAAGCUAUGUGUAAUCUUAAAAUUAUGCUCAUUAUGUAACCAUCAAUAAAUUUUACUCAAGAGUAAGUAAUUGUCAUGA